AUGAGAUUCUCGAAUGUUGUGUCUCAUUUCAAAGGGGCAUCGACUUGCUUGGCUGGCAUUGAUAGUGUUGUUUCAAAGGAUGAUACUGUUGUGUAUGCCCAGGAGGUCUUGAUACCUGAACUGCUGGAGAUGUCGGUUCAGGAGGACAUGAGUGUUGAUGCCAAAGAGGGCCAUCAGCCAUCAGAUUCCGAAGAAGAGUAA